ACUUUAGCAAAAUUUGAAAAUAAAAACCAUUAAUAACAUAAACAAUAAAUCAUGUAGGACUUAGAGCUGAACCUUGCAGUGUCCCCUAGUGUUAGUGACAAGAUUGCAAGAUGGCUUCAUCGAACGGUAAAGAAAGUGGCAAAAUGACUACUUCAAUUGAUAGUUUAAAGAUAUCCAGCAAGAACACUUCAAAGCAUGCUUCCUCCGAGUCGGUUCUGUCUAAGAAGGACAAGGAGUGUCUUCAGAUGCAGGAGUGUAAAAAGAAACUGCUGGCCAUGGAGCCUCAGAUCAUCAUCAGGGAUGAAAACGUCGUGCUGCGGUCGCCGCCGCAGAAGAAAAUUGUUAUGCCACCCACAAUCAACCCAGAGGAGUUGGCAGCCGCUACGCCGACCCAGCGCAACUGGCGGGGAAUCCUCAUCGCGUUGCUGGUGAUAGCCGCAGUCCUCGGCCUCAUCGUGUUCAGCAUCGCCCUCCUCACGCCCACAGGAGACGAUGGGAGAGGCAGGGGGCGAAGGCCGACUCUCGCCGACGUGCUCACGGACCACUACAAACCGUUCAACGGCACUUGGCUAACAGACGAGGAGCUGGUGUUCCGCGACCGGUGGGGCGGGCUGACUCUGUUCAACGUCCGCAACCUCACCACCAGGCUGCUCAUGAACAACUCCACUUUUAGAGAGCUAAACGCUGUGGACUUUAAGGUGUCAGCGGACUUCAAGUUCGUGCUGCUGAUAUCGGACGUGCGGCCGGGCUGGCGGCACGCGCGCCUUGCGCGGUACCACGUCUAUGACGUCAUCACUAGGAACAAAAUCCCCAUAUCGCCCGUGGAGGAUGACCGCGCGGCGCCGCUGCUGCAGUACGCGGAGUGGGCGCCGGUCGGCUCCGGCCUGGUCUUCGUCCACGACAACGACAUCUACUACAAACCUAAGGUCCUCAAGACGCUGGUGUGCCGAAUUACCAGCAAUGGUGUACCCGGCGUGAUAUUCAACGGCGUACCCGACUUCCUCUACGAGACGGAGGUUUUACGCCUGGACCGGGCGCUCUGGUUCAGCGCGGACGGCCAGGCGCUCAUGUACGUGACGUACAACGACUCGCUGGUCCAGCAGCACAAGUACCCCUGGUAUGGGCUCGACCAGCAGGAGCCGCCGGCGUACCCCGCUAUACGGACCUUACGGUAUCCCAAGGUAAACACAAACAACCCGGUGGCGACUGUCUACGUCGUCAGUUUGAAGACGCCGAAAUUCUUGUUCCCACAAGUCAUACAGUUUUCCCCACCGUUUGAUACAAGUUGGUAUGUGCGCUGGACACACUGGAUAAGCGAGAGACAGAUAGCUGUUCUGCUCCUCAACAGACCACAGAACGUGUCCAUCAUCAGCAUCUGCAACGCCACGUCGUACAAUUGCCAAGAUAUAUACAGAGACGAAUCCGAAGGCACUCGCUGGUCGGGUCUGGGUUCGGAUCCGGUGGAGGAGGACUGCGGGUGGUGCGGGGGCGCGCCGCUGGUGGGCGGCCGCAGUGGCGUGUUCACAUCCACACCCAUCACCGACCAGGGCGGCAUAUGGAGGCACGCGAUACACCUCACACAAGAUAUCCGGACUACGCUCACGCAGGGAAAUUUCGAGAUCACGCAGAUGGUCGGAUGGGACGAUAAGAGACGGCUUUUGUACGUGAUGGGCACGGCACCGGAGAAGCCUGGCGAGCGGCACCUAUACCGGGUGUCGGUGCCCGUCAACGGCUGGCCCCCGCCCCCCGCCUGCCUCACCUGUCCCGGCUACGAGCCUGACACUACUGUGGAGCCUAGUACUGAGGAAACGGAGUACGAGAACACGACGUCAUCUCUGCCGGCGUGGCCGACGUCGACGAUCCUGCCGCACGUCGCCGACGAGAACGACUCGCUGCCCACCGUCUGCCUCUACAACAGGGUCAUCUUCAGCAAGAACUUCUCAUACUAUGUACAGGAGUGCCUGGGUCCCAGCACGCCCGCGAUAUUCGUGUGCACGGCGGGCGGCGAGCGACGCAGCGUGCUGUGGGACGGCCAGCCGCUGCGGCAGCAGUUCGCAGCGCUCGCGCAGCCGCAGCAGAAAGUCUUCCGGGUGGAGGUGCAGGCACACCGCGAGGCUCGUGUUCGUCUGCUACUACCACCAGGGCUGCGAGAGACGGAUGACUUGCCACUACCGCUAGUGUUACAUGUGUCUGCGGAACCUGGUGGUCAACUCGUGACAGAAAGAUGGCGCCCCGACUGGAGCUGGUACUUGGCUACUUCCAGAAACUUCAUCGUCGCUGAAAUUGAUGCCAGGGGUUCCGGUGGACAGGGAGAGGAACUCCGUACAGAAAUAUAUCAGAGACUACUUUCAGUUGACGUUGAGGAUCAAAUUGCUGUACUAACAUAUCUCCGUGACAACCUCAAAGCGGUAGACGGAGCGAGGGUUGGCGCGUGCGGACGCGGGUACGGCGCGGGCGCAGCGCUGGCAUUGGCUGCGGGCGAUGCACGGAACCUCACGCGCUGCAUUGCCCUCGCUGCACCGCUAGCUGACCUUAGGCAGCAUAACUCAUACUGGACGGAGCGUUACGGCGGCGCGCACGGCGUGGCGGCAGGCGGCGCGGUAUGGCGGCGCGCGGGCAACCUCCCCCCGCGCCGGCUGCUGCUGGCGCACGCCACCGCCGACCUGCGCGCGCCGCCAGCACACGCGCUUGCACUGGCACGGGCGCUGGUGAAGGCGUCCGCGCUUUAUACGCAUCAGGUGUAUCCAGACGAAGGGCAUAACUUUGAAAAGUCAAACCUGCAUCUUCAUAAGACGAUGGAACAGUUUUUCGAGGAAUGCUUUGGUCCCGUGGAGGUAGCGGACUGGGACGCGGCUGGAAUGGGCGGCCUGUUCCCGUUCAGAGAUUAGUCGCUAGGUAAAGGGGAGACGUGCCCCUGUUGAAACAAACGAAUAGAAGAAGUUGAGGUUCUUACAGGAAAGGAGGUUAUUUAUUUCAAAAUGGAAGUAUUAAAGGUUCGGCCAAAUUAUAUUUAAAAGACAUUCUAAAUGUUUAAGGGAAAGAUGGCGCCAGGAACGAAGCGAUGGAUUUUCAAGACGGUUUUAUUGAACACCAUUAAUAUUGAUUUUUAAAAGUAACCAUGAAUUUUAAAAGAAAAUGUGCUAUUUAAAAUAAACAUUAAUAAAGAUCAUAAUGUUUAAAAUCCUAUAACAUCGACGAUAAACUGCCAAGUGUCUCAAAUUUUGCCGUUUCUUAGAACUCUUGCUGUUUUAACAUCUCGAAGAAAAUCGUAGAAAUGUAAUGGUAGUUCAUCUUUGAAACUCAUAGAUCUUAAUCUUUCUAACUAUUUAAGCUUUGUCGUUCAUGGGUUUAGCUAUCUAGUCAUUAAAUCUACUUUUUACGGAAUAUAUUGGGAUUUGUUUAUUAUUUUCAAAUACUCUUUUGAAACUACAUACUACAUUCCGUUCAUAAAACUAUAAUAAUUGUGACCAUGGAAUAAAUUA